AUGUAUGGAUGUAUACACGGGAAGGAAGAGGAAGAUUCAAUUACAUUACCCUCAAAGGAAAUAUAUGCUGAACUCGAAAAUGGAAGAAGAGGUUGUAAACUUGGGGGGAACCCCGAGAACCUUGGGAAUUUAAAACAAAAGUUGGAAGAAUCAUUAAAGAUUUACAGUAUUCAUGAUAAGGACCUGCCCAAUAAAAUUGCGCAAAACUACUGUGUAGCGUGUAACAGCACAGGGAACGAAGGGUUCGCUACUUUGCCCGAUAAUGAACGUUAUAGUUUUUUCUUUUAUUGGUUAGGUGAUAAAUUAAAGGGGGAACCUCAGAUAGGGAACAAUUUCUCAAUGAUUAUGAAGUCUAUUUAUGAUAAGCUGAAGGAAAUCGAUUCUACAUGUAAUUGCACUCAUAUAUACCCUUUUAUUAAAAAGGAACGUUUCGAAAAGGCUAAGAUACUAUUCGAUUGGUUCUAUAACUAUAGUAAAUUACACGACCAAGUAAAAUGUAGCGAGUAUUGCAAUAAUAAUGAAAAAUGUAAUACCCCCUACAAGACAGCCCAAAAAACAUAUAACGAGUUAAGUCAAACUUGCAGUACCGAGGACGGAGAAUUAUAUUGUACCACAUUUUAUAGGACCAAAAGGGGGCAGAAGGAAUAUGGACAACCACAGCAACUAACAGAACAAAGAUGCCCAAAACCAGCAGCAAUACCACAGUACUAUGAAGAUAAUACUCCAUAUGCGCUAUAUAAUAAUAAUAAUAAUAAUAAUAUGAAGGAAUGCAUGGUUACAGAUACAAAUAAAUUACCUUCACAAAAAAUAUACGAUGCGUUAAACGCAGGAGUAGGAACAAAUUGUUCACUCAACGGAAGCAAAGGGAACAAUAGUAGUCAACUGGAAGAACAACUGAAACUAUCAUUAGGAUCGUACGGAGGGGAUAAGUGGGAUUGGAUUGACAAAAUUCCAGGUAACUACUGUUUAACAUGUAGGGGGACAGGGAGGGAAGAGUUCGCUACUUUGUCCAGUAGUGAUCGUUAUAGUUUCUUUUAUUAUUGGUUAGGAGAUAAAGUAAAGGAAGAAUCUAAGGAGGAUGGCCAUUUCAAAUUGGUUAUGAAGGCAAUUUUUGAGAAACUACAGGAUUCCAUGUAUAAAUGUAACUGUAAAAAUCUGUACGGAGGUAUUUGGAAGGAACGUUUCGAAAAAGCUAAAACACUAUUUGAUUGGUACUAUGACUACGGUACUAUAGAAAAGAGUGGAAAAUGUAAUGAAUAUUGCCCCAAUAAAAAAUGUAAUGCUCCCUUCCAAAAAGCCUUAUCAACAUAUAAAGUGUUAAGUUCAACUUGCAUAAGCGAGGGCGGAGAAUUAUAUUGUGAGAAGUUUAAAGCGAACUAUCAGAAAGGCGGGGGCGAAUUCGGCCAACCGAAGGAAUUAGAGUGCACCACAGUACCUGAGGCACAUCUGGGACUUGCAAGAACUGAAUCAGGUGUGCAUAUGAAGGGUGCGAAGGUGAAGGGGGACGUAGAUGUAUCAUUACCAAAAUUGGAAGGUGACCUAAAAGGUCCAGAAGUAGAUAUAAAGGGUCCCAAAGUGGAUAUAAAUGCCCCCGAUGUGGAUAGUUCCGACAGUAGUGACCACCAGGGAAGUUCCUCCUCCAGUGGUGGAAUAUACUUCUAUAUUUCCCGAGUUACGUAA